AUGGGGGUGCAGGGUGUUUACCCCAAGAUACAGGGUGUCACAGCUACCUACGCCAACAGAAGGGCUUCUUCCAUCGAGAUAGCACUGUCUACACUGGAGUGCCUUAGGUUGACAGAAACUCUAUUUUCCUGCAGGGGACACUGCUGCUUAAUUCUGGACAGAAUCAGAACUGAUAGGACUCUCUCGGAUGCAGAAAGAAAAGGCAUUAAUGGAAGUGUAAAACUGGAGACUGGACUUGCCAAUACAAUAACAAGCUUUAUAGAUAAAGGACAAGAUGACCGAGCUCCAGCCAUAAGAAAACAAAAAUAUGUUUUUGACAUCAGUGCAUUAGAAAAAGAUGGUUUGUUGGGGGCAGAGCUGCGGAUAUUAAGGAAAAAGCCCUCUGAGACCUGGAAGCCUCAUUCUCCUGGGAAAACUUCCCAAGUGAAAUUGUUCAGUUGCCCCACAAACAGACAAGCAGCAACUCUCCUGGACUCUCGCACUGUCAGCAUUGCAGAUACACCAAAAUGGGAAGUAUUUGACAUUUGGAAACUUUUUAGGAAUUUUAAAAACUCAGCUAACUUGUGUUUCGAACUCGAAGCUUUCGAUAGGGGGAGAGCUAUUGAUCUAAGGAGUAUGGGAUUGAAUAGAACAGGGAGGCAGGUCAACGAAAAGGCUCUCUUCUUGGUAUUUGGGAGGACAAAAAAAAGGGACCUGUUUUUCAAUGAAAUCAAGGCGAGAUCAGGCCAAGAUGACAAAACUGUUUAUGAAUACUUAUUCAAUCAGCGGAGGAAGAGAAGAGCUCCUUUAGCAACGAGACAGGGGAAGAGGCCCAACAAGAACCUGAAGGCAAGGUGCAGUAAAAAAGCUCUCCAUGUGAAUUUUAAGGAUAUGGGCUGGGAUGACUGGAUAAUAGCCCCUCUGGAAUAUGAAGCUUAUCACUGUGAAGGGCUUUGUGAAUUUCCUCUUCGAUCUCAUUUAGAACCCACCAAUCACGCAGUUAUCCAAACGUUAAUGAACUCAAUGGACCCAGAAUCGACUCCUCCAACCUGCUGUGUUCCAACUAGACUGAGUCCUAUUAGCAUUCUCUUUAUAGACUCGGCAAAUAAUGUGGUCUACAAACAAUAUGAAGACAUGGUAGUGGAGUCGUGUGGUUGUAGGUAGCAGCACAAUCCCUCACAUUAAUACAUUAACAAAGAUAAUUACAAAACUUGACAAGAACCUCUUCUCAAACAAGAGUAACUAAUCCUCUUAGCCCUAGCACAAGUAUGUUUACAACAAUGGUAAUAAGAAACAAUCUGCUAAAAUCAUACUGUGUCUGUAUGUCUCUUAGUGGUAGACACAUUUUAGCAGUAGUUCAAUACUGUCACACUCCAAACUUAGCCCAGAAUGGGGCUUUGGGUAAAGAAUUCCAUAAUCACAAGAGAAUUGUUCUCACUAAAGAUCACUUCCAAGGAAAUUAAAAUUCCAUACCACAAAAAACUCUGCUGUUUUAAUCCCUAAGGAUAUCGUUAAAUGUAAAGUCAAUAAGCAGCAUAUACACCUCUUAAAAUACAUUACUGUUCCUUUAAAUGUUGUUCUUAAGACAAGUCUGAGUCCCACUUCCAAUAUCUUCCCCACCAUGUCCAUUAGGAAAUGUGUGAAGAGAAUACUAAUGUCUGUAAGAGAAAAUAAUGUCCCUAAACACUCAGCGUUUGGUGUAAAUAGUUACACUGUAAAAUGAACUUUUCCAAUUAGCUCUUAAAAUGAUGUGUAUAUGAAAAAAAUCAUUAAAUAUAAUAUGUUGAUUUAGUAUUCGAUUGUACAUGGAGCUAGAUAAAUGCAGAAGCAUAUUUGUUUCAAUGUAUGUUUUGUUCCAAGCUUCAUUUCUUUCUUAACUAUUCACCCUAUCCA